CACGACAGAAGAGACAUGAAUACCAGCGGAUGCAAUGAUGAGGCGAUGGCAACAAACAGAAGCGGUGCGCAGCGGCCAAACGGCGCGCCGCAGACGAAGGUCUGUCAGUUUAAGUUGGUGCUGUUAGGAGAGUCGGCGGUCGGCAAAUCAUCACUGGUGCUCCGGUUCGUCAAGGGACAGUUCCACGAGUACCAGGAGAGCACCAUUGGAGCCGCCUUCCUCACGCAGACCCUAUGUCUCGAUGACACUACUGUUAAGUUUGAGAUUUGGGAUACGGCAGGGCAGGAGAGAUAUCACAGUCUUGCCCCAAUGUACUACAGAGGAGCCCAGGCAGCUAUCGUAGUUUACGAUAUUACUAAUCAGGACACAUUCGGCCGAGCCAAGAACUGGGUAAAAGAACUGCAGAGGCAGGCGUCACCAUCAAUCGUGAUCGCACUCGCGGGUAACAAGAGCGACAUGGCAGCCAAACGUAUGGUGGAAUUUGAUGAGGCACAGGCCUACGCCGAUGAGAACGGUCUACUCUUCAUGGAGACCAGCGCCAAGACGGCAAUGAACGUCAACGAUAUCUUCCUAGCCAUUGCGAACAAGUUACCAAAGAGUGAGAGCGGCGGUGGCGGCGCGGCGGGCGGCGCGCGGCGUCUCGCAGACGGCGACCAGCCGCGGUCUUCCACCUGCUGCAAGUGAUACCGCCCGAAGCAGAGUGUGGGACUGUGGCGCGAUGCGGCGCGCGGAUGAGGUAUGACUCACACAAAUACGUAAACUAGUGUAUUACGAGGACAGCAAAACCUUACCUAUUUUAAUUUUUGUUUUUUAUAAAAGUGAUAUCCGGAUAUAUGAUGCUAUACAUAGUCUUUCAAAUUUUGAUUUACAGUAAUUUCCUUUAAAUUAAUGUAUUGAAGGUUAGAUUAGAUAAUUUAAUCUAAAUUCUGUACAUAGAAAUAUCCCUCUUUUCUUCAACUAAUAAAGUCUAAAGAAGGAUUUUCACAAUUAAUGUGAUGUUAUUUUACACAUAUUAAAUACAAAUUAUUUAGUGAAUGAAAUGAUACAAUUAUUAGGCUGUUUUAAAUCGGUAAAAUAUAUUUUCUCUGGAAAGCUUGCCUGUUGAAGAUUUGUCAGUUUACACGAAACGUAACGAAAUUAUAUAUACACACCUUAAAUAUAUUUGUUUUUUUUUUUACAAUAUUCUUCUUUAUAAAAUUUCAGAAUAACUUAUCACGUCAUUAUUAUGAUAAUUCAAUGCAAUAAAUAUACUUAAACAACUUGCUAAAGUGAUCUCCCUCUGUACUGGUUAAAACACUGUUAAGGUAGAAAGGCCUUUCUGUAGGAGGCUUUAAAAAAGUAAGGGGAUUUUUGUAGAAUGAAUGUAUCUAUCUGCCCUUUUUUAUAUUCCUAAAAUAAUUGUAAAGAUAAAAUAAGGAAGUACCAAUAAUAAAAAAGAGAAACCAAGCCAUAAUUGCCUUUGUCUUAUACUGUAAAGUAAAUCUAAUAAAGUAUGUUUUUUAAUAUUCUUCUGUUUAAAUGAUUUUUUUAUUUGCUCAGGUCACGGCUUCGUUAGGCUGGGUACACGAAACACCUUAUCAUUAUUGUUAUUUACACUUUGUUUGGUAGCGGACCAAGCAUAAUUGAUAAUUAUUAAAAGCUCUCAUCUGUGCAUAAUAUAACCGAACUUAUUUCUCGCAAAAACGCUUUUACAAACGUUACUCGACAAAGUGUAUAUACCUCGCCAUUCUCAGACUGGAAUAUUUGACAACUACAAUCUCUGUUGAUUUCCUUUUUAUUGUCUAUUCUAGUAAUUGCCCUAUAAUUCAAAUGUUAACCUGUUAUCAAAUGUAUUGUUGUUGAACAUGGCCAGUCGAGAAUAGCGUCAAUCAUUUACGGAUAUGUUAACGAAUUGGUAGGAUUACUGUAUAUUACCCGUCGAUAGUCGUCCAUUGAAUGCGACUGGUGCUUUGUUCGCUUAUGACAUCACAAUAGAGAUAGCUGUUAUAUCUAGAUGCUACAAGGUUUUGAAUUUGUAAAAAAAAGCUAUUUUAAUAACACUUCCGUAGUGCCGUAUUCAAUGGACAGACUAUCGUUAUCAUUUGUUUGCCGUACCGCGACUAGAGAUCACCUUUAGUUAAUAUAGAUAAAAUUAGAACGCCUUCGUUAGUUUAUACUCUAAUAUUCAGUGAAAGUAACAUAUGUAUAAUUUUGUUAUAAGGGUAUUUGUACUAUGUGGCAGUUCUAGCUGUAUUUUACUAUCGCAUUCCAAUGGGGUGUAGACGAGGUCAAUUCUGUUGUUAGGAUGUGAACACAAUCCAAUGCAUAAUUAGAAUUAAUAUAACCUAAAUUCUGGUUGAUGGCAACAGUAUCUUAAAUAGUGAAAAAUCAGAGCCAAACUUUACACAUAAACAACAGAACUGACAUGAGUCAGUUGUUGAGACCCAAAAUAAUAAAAGUGCAUUAAAAAGAUUUCAUAUUCCUUUGUAGAAGUCUGGGUUGUCUAUGCUCUAUCCUUUUUUCUUCGUAUACUGAUAAUUUUCGUAACCUAAGAAUAAGGAAUGAAUUUUCAUCUGUAAAAUAUUAUGAGAACUAAAAUAGUGAUUGUAACAUAAUUGAAUUUUAAUCAUUAUUGCACAUGUAUGUAUGUAGCAGUGCCGCUUAUUUAUUAUCUGUCAAUUAUGGUCUUCUUUUAUAUAUAUAUAUAUAUAUAUCCCAUUAUUUAUGCUCGAUAAUAAUAGACAACUCCGUAUAUAAAAGUAAAAACAAUGAAUUUCUACCUAGAGGGCAUAACUAAUCAAAUCAAUUUUAUACUAAGCCUUACAUUACAAAUGUAAUUUCAUUCAAGAAUGAAGUGCUUUUAGGCUUUUAAAAUCAUUUUUUGGUGUAAUGUCUUGUGUUUAAUAUAUAUUUGUUUCGAAAAAAUAAUAUUAAUUCAUGAAAUAUGGCAUAUAAAAAUUAGACAUCAUACCACAAAAUGUGCAAUACUUAGUAGUAAUCAGACCGUCUCCUGUUUAAAAAUGUCUAAAUUAAUAUAAUCCAGUAAAAUAUAAUUGACAUUAAAUAUAAUCUAUCUGGUUUAAAAGGACCAUAAAGCUUAAAAACAGGAUGCGGUAUGAUCCUUUAUAGUUAUAUGUAGACGUUAUCAGAACAUUCAUGUAAUGAAAUUAAAACAAGCGGAGAUGGAAGGUCAUAUAUAGUAUGUUUUUGUAUUGUGUAAAUAUUUUGGAUUUAUUAAGAUUAUUAUAUUGAAUAAAAAAAUAUUGUAAAUGA